AUGGAAUCGAUGAAGCAGAUGGCACCAGUAGCAGGCCUGGAGGCCGUUGAGUACUAUAGUGCUCCCGAGGUUAUUCAUCAUAACUACCUCCGAUACUCAGCCAACGAAGUACCACCGCCACCACCACCACAGGCACAGGAGAAACCACCGAGUAUAGCGGGGUUAAAAAGGGGAGCAUUCUGGUUGGUGAUCUUUUCGACCACCGUGAUUGCACUGGGACUUGGUUUGGGUAUAGGGUUAGGCCUAGGCUUUCAAACCCAUGCCACCCAAAAUACAGAUGCCACGGCGUCGAGCACACCUACAUCCCCAUCCGCCAACCGAGAAACAACCACCUAUGUCAUAACCGUUAGCGCCAGCAGUUCCAGCAGGACAGCCUCCACCGCCCAGGCAUUAGCCACGGGUACAAUAGUGAGCACGGGGUGUCCCGGACGGAGCGUCGAAUCCAUCUACAUGGCGACAAUCCGCUACGAGAUCUACUGCGACAGCGACAUGACGGGGACGAACGUGGCCGUGCUGCCGACGGAGUCGAUGGAAGAGUGCGUGACGCUGUGCGACUCGAUGAACACCUGGCAGAACCGCACGGACAUCGGCUCCGUCUUCAACGAGGCUGGAGAAGGUCACCAGCCAAAAGGGAAUUGUUGGUGCAAGGCUGGAGGGGACGACCUUCGGGUCACGUCGAAUUCGGGGAAUGUGCUCGGGCGCCCGGUGGUGAUAUCUUAA